AUGGGGAUCAGUGGUGCUGAAAGGACAUUUGUGGUGUGGGCCAUAAGAGUGGAGCUGGAACUGGGUAGGCCAAGUCACAGCAAUGACAUUGAUUGUUCAAGGACAACCAAUACAGCCCCAAAAGAAGUCCACCUUUGUCCUGCUGGUGGCUGGGCUCAGCCCUUGCGGAGGCGAGGACACAAAGGGCUGCCUUCGCAGAGUCCUGAAGCCCUUACCGCCCCGCAAGGCGCUGAAGCGCAGGAAGCAGAGGAUCCUCCAGCUGCAGGAGCCAGCCUGUCAGAGCUGGUGGGUGCUGCUGGACAAGGAGCCCCCGGCCUCCCGCCAGCUCCUGCUGGGGAAGUGCCCGGGUCCCCAGUGCCCCACGGCUCUGCCUGGGCAGCGAGAGGGGACCGGGGUGCCCGGACCCCUGUCCCACAGCUGCGCUGCGCUGGUCCGGGCAGCACCAAUGCACUUUUCUGCUUGGCUUUUGCCUUAGGCUUUUCCAACUCAUGCGCGACCUGGAGGAGGAGGCCGCCAGCAGGACCCAACUGGGGCUGCAGGGGGAGCCAACGGAGGUGGACGUGGAGGAGGAGGAGGAUGAUGCCAUGGAUUUGGACUGAGCUGUGGUAAGGCAGCACGUGCCCCCAUCCACUGCUGGCAGCCAGGGGGGGUCGGCUGCUGCCACGCUGGGGCUGGGGCUGUGUGUGACGGCCCCGCUGCAGGGACACGGUGCCCGGUGGCCUCAUCCUGGCGGCACAAGCGCCACCACCGCGCUGCCCUGCGCUGCCUUUGGGACACGCGAGCCGAGUCUGAUCGCGUAGAGCCCGGCUCCCAGCCCCAGCCAGGGCUGCGCCCCGCGGCAGAGUCCCGCUCUCCCCAGCAUGUGGCAACCACAAUGACCAUCAGGAGCCUCACUGAAAUGACCUUGUGCUGCUUCUUUCCAGGGCUCGUGGAGAGGG